UUGUCGUGUGCGGGUUUCUCCAGGUCUGGAGCGAGUUCGAACGUUACGCCACGACCGUGUCAUCCCUGCUUGUUUAAGUUGCCACUGUUUAUGUGUCCAUUGCAUGAGUCGCCGUAGACUCUUAGGGCCCCAGAAUCGGGACGACCUUGGUGACUGCUUUGCAAACUCCACGCACGGGUUGGACGCAAACAUGGAUUGUAGAGGAUUUAAUUUUUUUCCCAGCUUUGCCUCUCAGUUACUCUAUGACCCGGUUAGUGCGAGAUUGCCAGCCCCGUACCUCGACUAGACGCUAAGGGCGAAAACUCAGAAAAGCACUAAAUUCCCUGGUGGCUUCCAGAAGGGCAGGAAUAGCGAAAUGAUUAGGCCAGCAGCACCCUAGAGAUUGAUACCUCGGGCUUCUCACAGUCGUGCCCUGAUAAUGUCCCCGUAUGGCUUAGUGCCAAAAUGAGUGAUCGCUAUUUAGAACAAAAGAUUAGCAUCAAGUUUUGCGUGAAAUUGAACAACUCUGCAAGUAAGACCCACCAUCUUUUGAAAGCCUACAGGAAUGAAGUGGUGUUGAAGGCUUGAGUUUUUGACUGGCACAGAAGGUUUAAAGUAGGGCAGGGAAAUGUCCGAGAUGAUGCACAAAGUGGUCGUCCAGUCACCCACAGGACGGAUGAAAAUAUCCAGAAGUUCAAGGACUUGGUUUAUUCAAACAGGCAGUUAACGGUGAGAAUGAUGACUGAAGAAUUAAAUUUAGAUAAAGAAACCGCUAGACUCAUUCUGAAAGAAUCUGACCAUGAGAAAAAGUCUGCCAAGGUUAUAGCUAGUGUUUUGAAGAAUGAGCCUAAACUUAGAAAUUUAUUCCCACAUGACCAUUCAAAGGAAAUUAUAUAGGUGAAAUUAUAUAAACCUAGCUUAUAUGUGAGGGAAAAGAUAACAAAUUCUGAAACGUGGAGUCAUUUGCAGCAGAAAGCUGGUGGGGAAAUGUCUCUGCCUCUGUCAAAUCCCAGAAUCCACCCCCUUGGCAGCCAGCUUCUUCAGGGGCCAUCCUCAGCAAGCAUUCCCACUAGGAUUGCUCGGAAUUGGUUCACAUACUGGUGAAAUGAGCCUGAGGUAGCUAGAACCUGACCAGGAAGCUGUCCUCAUCUGCUUUUCGUCUAGUUUCUGUCUUAUGCUCUUCCUUCGCACUCGGCAGGGUUCACCGGUAAUACUGAACUACGGGGGUUCUCUUCCUUGCUGUUCCCCACCAUCUUGGAGGGCUUGUGACUGUUGACUUCCAGUUCUAGCUUGCUCUUCAUUUCUUUAGCUUAACCUCGGGCUUAGGGCUAUCCUGCACUAACCUCGGGCUUAGGGCUGUUCUGCACAUCAUGCUGUCCAGGGGAUCAUGCCAGUGAGAAGCAGGGGUAGGAGUCUAUUUCUGUGCCCAGGAAGACAUACUCUUCUGAGGGGACCCCCAAAGU